GUGACUUUGAUCAGUAGCUAGUCUAGUGAAGAUGGCCGAAAACAAUGGCAGUGAUUAUUGAGCUAACUUUGCGUUCUCCUGGCACUUGUCAACAAAGAAGUUAUUUUUUAUAAAAAAAGCAUAUAACAUAGGUACAAGACGUAUCUGCAUACUUAUCAUAUAUCAUUCCAGUGAGGGAUAUAUUAUGGCAACUGCUAUUCAAAAGAAUGGCAUGAAACCUUUAACAAACACAUCAAUAAAUCACGUAGAGGAUGUAAAGAAUUUAGACAAUACCAACAUAUGUAAAGAAGAAAAAGAUGAGAGGAUAUUUGAUGGACAGAUCCAACCUUACAUGGAGCCUCAUGAACAAGAACCUCGUGAAUUGGAUAUCGUUAUCAAUAAUGUAGUUUGCAGCUUCAGUGUUAGAUGUCAUUUAAAUUUACGAGAAAUUGCACUAAAUGGAUCUAAUGUGGAAUAUAGAAGAGAGAAUGGGAUGAUUACUAUGAAACUAAGGAGACCAUAUACUACUGCUUCUAUAUGGUCUUCUGGCAAAGUAACAUGUACCGGCGCAACUAGUGAAGUUCAAGCAAAGAUAGCAGCUCGCCGCUUUGCUCGUUCACUUCAGAAACUUGGAUUUAAAGUACGAUUUAACAAUUAUAGAGUGGUUAAUGUACUAGGUACAUGCUGUAUGCCAUUUGCAAUCAAGAUAACAUCAUUUUCAUCAUGUCAUAAAGAAAAUGCAGAUUAUGAGCCGGAAUUACAUCCUGGUGUCACAUACAAACUAAAAGAACCAAAAGCUACAUUGAAAAUAUUUUCUACUGGAAGUGUCACUGUAACAGCUCCCAAUGUUGCUGCUGUCCAAGCUGCGAUUGAAUAUAUUUAUCCACUAGUCUACGAAUUUCGUAAGGAGAGAACGACAGAAGACGAACUUGCCCUAACAACGAAGAAACGUAGAAUGGGGCUAAGAAAAAGAAGUCGUGACGAGUUCCUACAUGAUCCAGAUUAUAUAUAUGAUACCAUGUUCUCUGACGAGGAGGAGGAAGAAGAAGAGGGUGAGAGUGACGCCAGUUGGGACUGAGCUGUUUAUUUUGCUGCUCCUCUGUUAAUUGUGAAACUGUUAUACUUCUUACAUCUUGUUUUACAAGGAAAAGAAAAAAAAAAUAGAUACAUACUGCUUUGUGUACAAAAGUGUUAUCUAAAGAGUGAAGUGAAGUAUUCUAUUUCCCUUAGUGAAAAGACAAUGUGUGAGUGCUAGAGACGAAUAUGCACGUGCAAGUGCUUUAAUUAUGAUUACACUAAUAUUGAAUCAACUGAACUGAAUUUCAUCACCGUAACAAUAUCAUCAUAAUUUACUUUCAUUAAUGGUACGUGUGAACGAAGAAAACCAUUGGCAAUACCUUUCAAUACUAUAAUGAAUAUUGAUCUGUACCUUGUGCCAUACAUAAUGCUAUUUGUACACUAAGCUUAAUUGAAUUCUCAUAAUCUCCAAUGAUUUAAUAUUAACUAUAUGCGAAACAAGUUCUUUUACAAAGAUGCUAUAGUCACUGCCCGUAGUAUAUCCAAAAUACAAAAAUUAAGAGCUCGAAUUUAAUUAAAAUAUAUAUAUAUAUAUAUGACAUUAGGCACUUACUGAAGCACCUUAAUUUUACAUUGAUUACCAAGUGUAUUAAAUAUUAUCAUACGAAUGAAGAAUUUUUAUUUUAAGAAUGGCAAUAAUGUCAGAACCGCUGUGUAAUUUAUAACUUUGUUGAAGUCAAUACAUAUAUACUUUUCAUGUCUUUCUUUCUUUCAUAGUUAAAAAAUAUACAAUAUGUAGAAACAUUAUAUACUUUUGUAAUUAUUUUAGAUGUGCGUUAAAAUUUAAUACGAAGUAUUAUGAAUUUCAAGCGUUUUAUAGGAAUGUUAUUUGAACAAAAUUUUCAAAAACUUUCAUUUAGCAUUUAUAAAUACAAUACUUUUUUAUUAUAAAAUAAUAUCAUUCUUUAGUUUUUAUUUAAAGUCCUCCAUGUUAUGCCCUUUAACUAACAUCAAUUAGAAAAUCUUGAUAUUUUAUGGUUAUAAGCAAUAAUAAUUAAAAAAAUGCAUUUUAAAGUUACAAUUAAUGCUAGAAUAAAAAUAAGACGGUAAAACUUUCUUUGCCUUGAAAAGAUGUAAUAAUAACAGUAAUAUGAGAAAUGGCAAUAUAUUUAAUUUAUGUUACGUAAAACACAAUUUCUCGUUUGUUGUAAAACUAUAAAAAUGCGAUUUAUAGAUACAAAACUUUUUAGAAAGAUCACUUGAUACGUAAAAUAUUUGUUUCUUAAUUUAGUAAUAGUUUCUACUAAUAGUUUAACAAUAUAAAUGCAAAGGUUUCUGGCAUUGUUCCAUAAAUUUUAUAUUGGAACCUAGAGAAAUUGUUUAAGGAAAUCUAAUGACAAUGCUUUUUCUAAAGCAGUAUUUGUUAUAAAAAAAAAAAAAAAAAAAAAAAAAAAAAAGUUUAGUGGAAUUUAAUAGCUAUACAAUCAUUGCACACAAACUUGUAUAGCGAAUUUCUGGAACGAUAUAUCUUAUUCUACGUAUCUCUAUUUCUGGAACGAUAUGAUCUUAUCCUAUAUACACUGCAGCAUGAGAUCUAAAUAUAGUAAUAAUAUUCAAUGCAGUAAAUUAUUGUCCAAAAUAUCUCUGAUGUAUUAUUGUAUGCAUAGUGUACAGAAGUAUAUACAUUGAAGGAAUUUAUAUAGGAAUCAUAUAAUUUUCGAGUAGCAAGCUAUCUUAUUUAGAAUACUUAAAAUAAAUAAAAUCAUUCUUUAUACUUAUUUUCUCAAUUAUAUCUGCUGGUACUUUAUUCUUUUCUGAAUAAGAUUAUUAAUGUCAUAAAGAAAAUUGUUGUAUCAUAAUUAUUGCCAUUAUUAUGUUUUACAUUCUUAUGUACUUCGUUGUAUAUUUAGCUAAUAUUUCCUAAAGCAUAUUUAGAAAGUGUUUGUCGAUGAAGUUAUAUUCAAAUUCAACUUAAUGUCAACAUGGAACUGCAGUGAUGUUAUUAGUAUUACAUGUAAUUUAAAUGUUAGUUUCUAAAAUGAAUCAUUCUUUAUUACAACCGAGUGACUGCCAAUCACAGACUAUAACUAAAUGGUAUUUCAGUACUCUCAUCCGAACAAACGCAACUGUUUUAAUGAUUUCUUCAAAUUCAUGACAAUAAAAUAUUAAAUGUUAUUGUUUACUAGUAUAACAUCAUAUGUUUGCGAUACAUUUUUUAAAAUAAUAAUUUUAAUUUAUUCUCUAUCUUUAUAAGAAUAUAUCAGGCUUUACAUCCAAAGUAGUUUAAGCAGCAUAAGUAUUAAACAUUGUUAUAAAUAUUUCUAUUUCUACUGACACUUUUAAUAUCAAACAUUAUUUUAUGCUGCUCAUACUAUCUGAUUUGAACAAAUUAAUUAUAAUUGACAUACUAUAAUUGCUACAUAUAAACGCAAAGUUUCUGAUCGCUAAUAUCAUGAAAAAUGAUGUGCACUUUUACCAAAUCUGCUAAAUUUAAUGUACAUUACUGUUUUCACAUUCCAGGCCUCAUGAUACUAUUAUUUUCUAGUCUGAGAAUAUAUUUACACCAAAGACAGUCCAUAAAAACAUGUUACAGUUUAAAAUACUAUAGGUAACAUGAAUACAUUGCUCAAGAUUGAUGAAAUUUAACUAUGCUAUUCUUAGUAAAGUGCUUGUACAGUUAUUAAUGAAAGCAUGUAAUAUCUUUUCAAGAUAUUUGCAAAUCAAAUUGUAUGUUAUCAUGAAAAAGAAAGAAUUUAUUAAAAAUUUUGGUAGAGGUGAACAUUCUCUGUUAAUUCUUAUAUGUACUCGUAGUUAUAACAUCUCUGAAUGUGACCAUAGCAAAAUAUAAUUUUCUAGCGUAAUGCAUCACCAUAUAUAAUCAUUAUUUUUAUAGGUAUACAUAACUAGAUGUAUGAAUAUGUAUCUGGUUGUUAUAUCGAUCUUUGAAAAUACUUCAUUUGCAGCUUAACAUGAGACAUGUUUAGAUGGUACAAAUGUUAUGAUAUUAAGCAAAGUUUUGAUUGAUUCAUUAAAACUGAGGAUAAUUUUAUAACAUAUUAUAAUCGUUAUAGAAGCACUAAGUUCUUGAUGUUGUCAUUGUCUUAAAUCGUUAUUAUUGACAUGAUGAUCGUACUAUCAUGUAGCUGUAUCAGUUUAUAGCGAAGAAAACGAAAACGUAGAAAAUAAUAUGCUAAUAUCGUAUAUAUUGUAUCAAUUAAAUAAUAGUAAUACAUCGUAUAUACUGAUAUUUAUAGUAAAUCUUUCUUUGAAUUCAACAUAGUUACUAGUAUUAUACAUUUGCAUUCUUCAUUCAUUCCUUUGCACGGUACGAUUGAAUUCUAAAGCAAUAAUGAAUGUGAUUUUGUGAAAAUCAAUCCGCAGUAAAGAAAUAUAUACAUACAUACAUAGUUCAGUUAUAACGAGUUUUUCUUUCUUUCUUUUUUCUUUUUUUUUUUUCUUUUCUUCUUUUCCUUUUAUAAACUUCUCUUUUCUGUUAUUGAAACUUACUCGAAAUAUUGACAAAUAACACGUAUCAAAAUGGUACCCUAUCGAUUCUUUAACGCACUAUCAAUAGUAUUAGUAAUACAUACAUGUAUUGUUUUAAAAGUAUGGUAGUUAUAAAGUAUAUUUAGUAUGUAGAAUAAUGUUGCAUCGAUAGCAUGGCCUCUUCUAGAAUAUGUAUUUAGAAUACUUUUAAUAGAGCAUUAUAUAGAUUUUAAAUUUAAGAGAUGUUCACACUCACUUUCAAAGAGAUUUUCUGCAUAAUGCAUUGUCAAGCUACUAUUUUCAUGUAAACAUUAGUAAUUUUCAAUCUACCGCAAUGUGUACACUAAAUAUUAAUGCAUAAAAUAAGUAGGAUAAAUUAAAAAAUAUGUAAAAAAAAGAAUGAUAUAGUUUCUAAAGUAUGAAGCCCAAGGCAUCCAUGAUGAUUUAUAUGUAACUUUUCAUUAGGUAGAUAUGUAUUAAAGACUGUUGAAUGAACUGUACAUGAAAAUUUUUAUGUAAAAAUCAAAGAAAUAAAAGGCAAUGAUUAAUUUAAAUCAACUUA